AUGGCCGCUGAAGGGCCGUCGACGGCUGUUGCAGAGGCGGGGGUGGAAGGAGCGCCCGCGGGCGGAACGGCGGGCGGAGCGGCGGGAGGAGCGGCGGGCGGAGCGGCGGGAGGAGCGGCGGGCGGAGCGGCGGAAGCGGGGGUGAUAUUCGUGCUGGAGAAGGCGUCGCUCGAAGUCGCCAAAGUCGGAAAGACAUACGUGUUGCUCAACUGCGACGACCACGCCAGCUUCCUGCGCAAGCACGGCAAGGACCCCGCGCUCUACAGGCCAGAUAUCUGCCACCAGGCGCUACUAGCCAUUCUGGACAGCCCACUCAAUAAAGCUGGGAGGCUCAAGGCGCUUUACGUGGCCACCACGCGCAACACACUCAUCCAAGUCAACCCCCACAUCCGCAUUCCCCGCACGUUCCGCCGCUUCUGCGGGCUCAUGGUUCAGCUGUUGCAAAAGCUAUCCAUACGCGCUACAAACGGGCCUGAUAAGCUGCUCAAGGUCAUCAAGCACCCGGUUACCAAGUACCUGCCACCAGGAUGCCGGAGAAUAGGUUUGGAGUACAGUGCGCAAAAGGUGGUGCAUCUGCGUCAAUUCUUAAAAACAACCAACUCAGAGACACUAGUCUUUGUGGUGGGGGCAAUGGCUAGUGGUGACAUCAGCAGUGACUAUGUGGAUGAGAUGAUUGCAGUUUCGGAAUACCCACUAAGCGCAGCCACUUGCUUGUCUCGCCUGUGUACUACACUGGAACUAAAGUGGGGAAUCUUAUAG